GGGCGGGGGGCCAGGAGAGCGACGCGUGGCCGUGUGAACGCGGCCCUUGGGGGGAGGGUGACGGCGGUGACUUGGAGUGGCGGGCCGCGCCUGGCGCCUGGAUGCGCCCGGCUCGGAGGGCGACGCGAGCGCGCCGGAGAAGCUGCUCCCGUCGGGCUGCGAAAGAGGCACGAGCGGCGGCGGCGGUUCCUAGGCGGCCGAGCCAGCGGCUUUUUCCCGGGCGCCGCUGCAGGGCUGCGGCGUGUCUGGUUCUUGGCUCGCUCGCCCGUUCUGGAGAGGAACAGGCGGCCAGGUGGGUAGGAGAAGGGAACUUAGGAUGGCCUUGGCAGAGAACGCAAGCUGUGCCAAACCUGGCGAAGACGUGGUUUUCUCAGAGAUCGUAGAGUUGAAUGUGGGCGGGCAGGUCUACAUCACCCGGCACAACACCCUGACCAGUGUCCCCGGCUCGUUGCUCUGGGAGAUGUUCACUCAGAAGAGCAUCCAGUCCUUAGCCCGGGACAGCAAGGGCCGGUUCUUUGUGGACCGGGAUGGGUUCCUCUUCCGCUACAUCUUAGACUACAUGAGGGACCAGCAGCUUGUACUUCCAGAGCACUUCCCGGAGUGGAGCCGUUUGCAGCGAGAAGCGGAGUACUUCAAGCUCCUGGAGCUGGUGAAGAUCCUGGCGCCAAAGAUCAGCAAGCAGAACUCCAUUGGGGAUGAGCCCUGCCAGAGUGACCCUGAGGAGUUGUCUCCCAGCGUGGACACUGCCCGCAACCUGGCUGCCGCCAGCGCUGCCCUGGCAGGCACUCCCGGAGGUUCCAUCCCAACCGUGGCCAGUGGCUGCACUGGGCAAGAUAUCCGGAGGUCAGGCUUCAUCACCAUUGGCUAUCGAGGCUCCUACACCCUGGGCAGAGACAGCCAAACAGAUGCCAAAUUCCGCAGGGUGGCGAGGAUCAUGGUGUGCGGCAAGACCGCCCUGGCCAAGGAAGUCUUUGGGGAGACAUUGAACGAGAGCAGGGACCCUGACAGGCCUCCGGAGCGCUACACCUCCAGGUACUACCUCAAAUUCACCUUCCUGGAGCAAGCCUUUGACAAACUGGCUGACUCUGGCUUCCACAUGGUGGCUUGCAACUCCACGGGGACCUGCGCCUUUGCCCACGAACAGACGGACGACAAGAUCUGGACCUCUUACACCGAAUAUGUUUUCUACCGUGAGUGACGCUUAAACCACCAAACCAAACCAAACCCAAAAUGCACCGAAAGCCAAUUUUCCUCUGGAUCCUCUCCCCAUGCCCCAGUUUUCUUUAGAACAUAGAUAACCAUCAAACUCUUGAACGUGAGCCUCCUGUCCUCCUGCAUUUUCCAAGCGGAACCCUCUCCGGAUCCUCCCUCUGUCAGUUCCUGAGUAAUGCCAACCCUUCUUCCUGACAGUAGCACGCAGCUUUCCCUGGAUUGUGGACUUGGACACUAUUAUGUGGGGGGGGGG